AUGUCUUCCGCAAAGGACUACGCGUUCGAGAUCGUCACCAGCGCCAACCAGAGCUCGGUGAAGUUCAUUGUGCGCAACAAGCCGUCGUUCUUCGCCCGCCACCUCCGCGUCCCCGUCGCUUUCACGCUUUUGGCGUGCCUUGUUCCACAGGGCCUCGAGACGCUACAUGCCUGGAGGGAGCAUGGCUGGCACGCCUUCUCGCCGCCUGUUGCACAGCUCGUGCAGCUCGCGCUGCGGCCGCACUCCGUGCUUCCCGGGAUCCUCGGAAACGCCCUCGCGUGGCUUCCGUGGACCGCUGCUGUUGCGGCAAUCCUCCUUCUACUCUCGCUAGAAGAGGCCUCGGACACCUUGAUGGUCAUGGGGGACUUGGGCGUGCAGAUCAGCAGCAGGUCCAAGUGGAAGCUCCUCAAUGUCGGGCGCCACGGGAAGUUCGUUCCCAUCUCCGAAAUCAUCGACAUUGUCAUCCACGAGGGCUUCCAUGGCUACGGCCAGGUCGUGUACUACAUGUGUGUGUUGACGCGAGACAAGGGCCUGGGGGGCAACGCCGUCCAGGUGAUCUUCCCUCAUUUCUUGCCGCGCAAGGAAAUUUUGCUCCAAGUGUGGAAGCUGAGCCGCCAGAUGCUCUACGGCAAGACCAGAAGGCACUACAGGCACGUGCCGGGCCAAGGGCUCACGGAGGUGCAGCAUCUACAUGAGUGA